CCUGUUCUCAGGACUGAAGGCUGCUCUGCAUUCAGAGCUGAUCCUAGACCCAACGGAAAAACCAACCCGCUGGAGCUCCACGCCGUUGGAGGAGAACAUCUGUUCCAGAAACAGAACUCUUCAAAGAACACAUCAACUUUAGUGGAUCUAAGCACGAUGAGGAUCUGACACUAAUCAAUACCUUUCUGUCCUCAAUGGACAGUUUUAUGUCAUAGAGGAUCCAAACAGUUGGUGGCCUCCAAACAAAGUCGGACCUCUAAGGACGUUGAUGACCAGGACAGCUGAAUGUACAGACAUGAGCUUGUAAAGCCCCUUGCGCCCCCCCCACCUGUCAGAAUGGGAGGUGCAGUGUCCUCAGCAGGCCGCCUGAGAGCUGGACCCGUGUGGGUGUUGGGUGGCCUCAGGGCGCCUGAGUGGAGGCUGUGAAUAACGUGUCUGGAGGUAGCAAGUGUGUGUGCGUGGGGGGGGGAGCUUGAAAACAAGUCCAGAGGAGGUGGGUCACAUGGGAUGCCAUGGAGGUCAAAGGUCACUUCAUCUCUGCUCCUGAGAUUCUUACCUGUCGGGACAGGAAGAACAGAGAGAGAAUGGCAGAACUGCAGGAGAGGAGGCGGGGCCUGCAGGCGCUACUGGGCACACGAUUGGCUGAGUUGAGGCACAUAUGUCUGCAGGAAGCGGAGCUGACAGGUACAGUGCCCUGUGACUUCCCUUUGGAGGUGGGGGAGAAGCCCCCGUGUGUCCAGAGGCGGGGAGGAAACAGAAAAAGUCGUGUGGAGGUGAGCCAUUCUCUGAAGGUUCAUCUGGGAUCAGUUCUGUUGCUGCCAGAACAGAAAACAUCCAUAAAAAAAGAGGAGGAAAACACACAGCGUUCAAAGCAGAGAAAAAAAAUAUUCAGUGGAACUCUCAGGAAACACAACACAUCAGAACACAAUCACACCAACACGCACAACAGCAAGAGGACUGUGCACAGAGGAUGCCACACAGACGACACUGUUCGAUCAGAGAGCAGCUCUACUCCAGACUCGGCAGGACAUGAACACGGUAACGAUAAUGCGACUGCUCAAAGUCACCCUCUGGUGGUUUCUUCUGGAUCUCCAGCUGAGAUUUUCUACCAAAACAAAACUAGUCGGAACUUGCUCAACAGGGCAGACACUCUUCAGACCCAUAAGCCCCCCUCUAACCCUCCCACAGGCUCCCAGGACUCCACAUCUUCUACUCCUUCUGUAGGAGGUGAAGGCUCAAAUGGGCUCGUGGGCAGCAUCACCCCCCCACAGGAGGAGUUGGCAGCGCAGCACAUUGGUGCCAUGUCCCGGCAGAUGAGUGCUGGUGGAACGUUCUGGAGCCCUGAGAUGCUGACCGACAGACAUGUGAGGACCAUUAGUGAGGAAGAGAAGGGGACAGCUGCUGGAAAGAGGCGAGAGGGGGCUUAUGGGGAAAUCCUACUUGAUUAUGUGUGCGGGAGGCAGAGGCAGCUGCAGAGGCAAUUCUCACAACCUAACAAGAAGCCAAUCACAGUGCAGCAUCAGCUGCUUCGCAAUGGGGACUCUGUCCACCAACUGCCGGGAGCCCCACCAAUUUGUUAUCGCCAUCUUGGAGGCAAGCAGGAGCGAUCUACUGUCACUCGCACCAAGUCCUGUGGCCACAACUCCACACCGCCCACCAUCCAGCCCGACCCCCAUCCCAACCUGCUGCCACCCAGACCGCCCCAGCUAGCCUCCAACCAAGACUCUCAACUGGAGGAGGCAACCAGAAGCCUCCACAAGGCUUUGGCCUUGGAAGGUCUCAGGGACUGGUAUCUGAGAAACACACUUGGCUCCUCCCAUCACAAUCAGGCCAGUUCAAAAGUUACAGCAGGUGCAGGUACCAAGACAAAGGCCAAGGUUAAAGGUCAGAAUGGUGGAGGGGAGGCUCUUCAGCGCAGACGGACCACUCAUGCUGUUCUCCCACAGUCUACCUAUGAGACUGAUGGGGGUUACCAGCAUGCUGCGCUCCAUCCCAAACCAACACUGUCGCACUCAGUCACGUUUCAUGGACACCCGCUGCAUAGCAGGACAUCAGCGGGUACCUUCUGCCAUGACUUGUUUUCCGCUCAGAAACAGGAAGCUCCCUCCCACCUAAUCUCAGACCAGCUGUCUCCUGGGACCUUGGUCUGACUCAUCAAUGAAGGCAGUCUGUUUCAUAGAGGGUAAAGCCACCAUACCCAGUCGUGGAUGAAACCAUGACCACUGUCAAUUGUCUGCUGCAAAGAAGUGCCAUCAGAGCCAUCCUGAAAAACUGCAACAUAUUGAAAAAGUACAAUUCCCUGUCUUCAUGUGUAACAUCAGCCAGCAGAAGGGGGAUGACGCCUGAGAGGAUCUCUUAAAACAUUCACCAAGUCACCAAGACAGGUCCCUCAACCAAGUGUGACCUCCAAGAACAAACUAAUCGGCCGAGUAAAAAAGCUUUAAAAAAUGAAUUAAAAAAAAUUGUUAGAUGCAGAUUUUGAUGUGGAUUCAGACCAGGCAUGGCUGAGACUGCAGCUUCGAGAUCUAAGUCUUUAUGUCUGUUUCUGGCUUGUGCACAGCAAGCUGGAGUUCUGUGACAACAUUCACAUCUUCAAUCUGCAAUCAGACUGCAAAGACAAUCUGACUCUUUUGACAGUGUGUCUAUAUGUGUGUGUGUGUGUGUUUGGAGGGAAUUUGUAUCCCCCCAACAUCACUUUAUUACAUGUGAGGAGCUCUGCUCACUGACAUCACCAGCUGCAGCCAAAUCAUAUUAUUAAACUGAUCAGGUAACCCGUGAAUCCCUCAGGUGAGUCCAAGCAGGAUGCAUCAGGUAAACCCAUAGUCUGGACUCAGCGUGUCUGUUUAAAAAAACCAGCUCUAUCCUGAAACUUGCUGAAACCGCUAGACCAGGUGCUUCAUAGAAACUGUUUAGGUCCAGAACUUUUAGGGCAAUCUGCAGGAACAAAGUCAGCUAUAAAUCCAGAUCCAAAUUUAGAACAAGGUCCAAACCCAGGUUCAAAUCUGGAUGCGGGUCAUCAAAGUGAAGCAAUAAACAGAACUGCAAGUUUCAGUUUGGACCUUAAACAACUUCAGGAUGAAAAAAUAAAUAAAAAAGACAAUCAGACAAUGAUGUCAUUGGGUUAUUGAUUUGUUUUCUGAUUGACCAGUUCAUCAGAUGGCUUGAUCCAGUUUUUGUACAAAGUUACAGUGGACUGACUGUUUUUAUAAUUUAUUAAUGAAUGACUUUACAGCUUUGUUAGUGUUAUUGAUGUUGUUAUUGACAAGACCGCAUGUGCUACACACCUGUGCUGUUUUAUUAAACCUCUGCUGUCCUACACACCUGUGUUGUUCAAGCCUGAGCUCUUUAACACACAUUUGCUUUUUAAUAAACAAGUGCUGUUUAAAUCA